GACAAGCUUGCGGUUUCUUUGGGCGUUCCCGCUGACCGCAAGAAAACUUGUGGCCGGGGAAAAGUAAAGCUUGUAAAGCCAUGGCUGAAUUCAUUCAAACAAAACUAUCACUAACCUGAAGCCCACUUCGUUUGAUAGUUUACAAUUUUUUAGUCAAAAACUUGCUUUGCAGUGUGCUAAGUGAUCAAAUUUAAUUAAAUUAACUGCGGGUUUCUUAUCAUGAACACUACUGCUAGUUUGCUCCCUGUGGGCGCUGACAAGCAAACACAACGUCUACAAAACUGCACAUCCAGGACGGCGAAGUCAGAAAUGACGAGCCCCACGGCAUGCCGGCGUGCUCCGUCGGACUUCUCGAUCGCUUUCAUUUUGGGCAUGCGGUCCCCGACUCCGUCGUCGCGGACUGUAGAAAGAUGUCGAAUCCGCGCGCCACUCCUCACGGGCACUGGGCCAGCUUGGUAUCUCACCGGUGUCCCCCGGGCCGGUGAAGACGAUCAAUCACGCAGGGAUUCGCCCAUCUUGUGUCGCCUUCACAGUCUACGAACGACGUUUUCUGUUGAUCUAAAACGGAAUCUCCAGUCUCCACCAUGCAGCGUCGGUUCCCGUCGCUCCUGUCAUCAAAACUCGCACCGUGACGCAGAUUCGUGCCGAAGCCGCGAUAUCUCUCCCCGUCUGGGCGAGUCAGCAGCCUCUUCGGAGACGGGACGAGACGCCGUCGACGCUGCCAGAAAGGCCCGCCGAAACCGCACCACGUUCACCACCUAUCAGCUUCACCAGCUCGAGCGUGCGUUUGAGAAGGCCCAGUACCCAGACGUCUUCAAACGGGAAGAUCUCGCCAUAAGGCUUGGAUUGAGCGAGGCUCGAGUUCAGGUUUGGUUCCAAAAUCGACGGGCGAAAUGGCGAAAGACAGAGAAAAUCUUCAGUCCGGUGAGUCCUUCUAGUCACCAUAACCAACUUUAUCCAGGUGACUUUGCUGACUACCGUAGCGCAGACCUGGCGAUUCCCACUGAACACCUUCCCGCUGUGGCGGCUCACAACGGCAAUAACCCCUCUUGGCGCACGACUGCUAACCAGGACCUGCAACACUGCUCCCUCAAUACUCUUCCACAAUACCACCCGCCCCUCGUCAGAUGAAAACCGCGGUGUGUGACUAGAGAGAUUCAGGACGGACAGCUCGCAUACCGGCUAGCCUUUGCUCCAAAAAGGUUGACCCCAAUCAAGUCGAAGCUUCUUCUUUUUCCCACAUACAUCCCCCAGAAGUUCUUUUGCACUUUGCUGAUGAAAACUCUUCCUCCCUGAAAUACACCUGUAUGAGCAGCAAGGCCUGCCCGAAAUACGCAGGGACACGCUGACAGUAGAGCUGUAGCUCCGGGAGCCUGCUGGGACAGCCCUCAGCGUCUUCGGUUAUAUUGCUAAUUACACCAUAGACAAUGGAUACGUAGUAUCCAAAGUGUCUGGACAAAACAAACUGAAUCCCCAACGACUACGGUCUCAAGGCCGUCACUGUAGGAUAAGAUACAGAGUGUCGGUUCAAUAAAAGCGUUAAUUAUUUUGCUCUUGUGAUAAUCAACGCCCUCGUGAACUGCCACACUUAAGUUUUUAUUACAAUAUCUGGAGCUUCUGAGAUCAUAUAUUAAAGAUCACGAGCAUAGUC